AUGAAGGAACCAAUCCCAUCCGAUACCACCACCAUCACCGGCUCCAGUUCGACUCAGCAAAUGCGCUUCCUGGUGAUAGGCGCCGGCUCCCGAGGAAACGCCUACGCCCGCGGCGUCUCAGCCACAACAUCAGGCAUAGUCCACGCCAUCGCCGAGCCACACGCCUUCAAACGGCGCGACUUCGGACAGAAGUACAUCUGGGGCUCCUCAGGAAGCCCAGCCGAGGGCCAAGAAUUCACCGACUGGCGCGAAUGGGUCAAAUGGGAACUCUCACGUCGCAAGCUCGUCCAGAACCCCGACCCAAACUCAACCCAAACUCGAAUCCCACCAGGUGUCAACGGCGUCUUCAUCUGCACACUCGACGAAACCCACGUCGAAAUCCUACAAGCCCUCGCCCCACUACAUCUUCACAUCCUCUGCGAAAAACCCCUAGCCCUCUCCCUAAACGACUGCCUAACAGUCUACCGCACCCUCCAGCCACCCUCCCCGGACUCCACCCCGCAACCACCCAAGAACAUCUUCUCAAUCGGCCACGUCCUCCGCUACAGUCCACACAACAUCCUCCUCCGCAAACUCCUCCUAACCAACCGCGUGAUAGGCGACGUCGUCUCCCUAGAACACUGCGAGCCAGUAGGCUGGUGGCACUUCUCGCACAGUUACGUGCGCGGCAACUGGCGGCGUCAAACAGCCGCCGGCGACGGCUCCCUACUCACAAAAUCCUGCCACGAUAUCGACUUCAUCCUCUGGCUGCUGUGCUCGCCGACAGACGCAGAGACAGCAGCACGCACAGGCCAAACGCCGCAUUUCCCGCGCAGUAUCUCGUCGGCGGGAUCGCUGACGCAGUUCCGACGCAGUCGGAAACCGGCUGCUGCUGGGAAUGCGACGAAUUGUGUAUCUUGUCCGGCUGAGAGGGACUGUGCUUAUAGUGCGGUGAGGAUUUACAAUGAGCGGCAUCUGGCGAAGGGACAUACCGGGUGGCCGGUUGAUAUUGUGUGUCCGGAUAUUGAGGAUGUGGUCCGCGUUCAGGGAAGAGAUGCUGCGGAGAGAGUGCUGAUGGAUCGGCUAAGUGAAGACUAUGAUGAGACGGUUCAGGAUAAGACUGUGGCUGAGAGGCCGUGGUAUGGGCGGUGCGUGUGGGAGGCUGAUAAUGAGGUUUGUGAUGAUCAGGUUGUGACGAUUAGUUGGGAUGAGGAGGGGCCGCAUCGGAUGGCGAAGACGGCGAGCUUUCAUAUGAUUGCGCCGACGGAGAAACAGUGUGAGCGCCGGGGCAGGGUUUAUGGAACUACGGGGGAGAUUGAGUAUGAUAGUAGUAGGAUCUCAGUUUAUGAUUUUGCUACUGGGGAGACUACGGUCUUUGAUGUGCCGAAGCCGCCGCCGGAACAUCAGGAGUCCCAUGGUGGUGGGGACUUUGGGCUUGCGAGGCAGUUUGUUAGUGCUGUUGAGGCAGUUGAGAGUGGGAAGUUGGAUGUUGAGACGGCGCAGGCGAGGUUUGUGGGGUGUUCGCUUGAGGAGGCGGUGCGCAGUCAUGCUGUUGUGUUUGCGGCUGAGGAGGCCAGGAGGGAGGAGAAGGUUGUUAAAUGGGGGAGUUGGUGGGAUGAGAAGUUGAGGGCGUCUGCUGCUGCGUGGAAGGCGUAA